AUGGGUGAUGAAGGUGCAGGUGAACCCUUCAUGGGUAUAGUGGCUGGUGGGGCCGCCGAUUACGAGGGUGUCCUUCCUUCAGACACAAUUUCUCUGAGUGAUUCAGAUUCAGAUGACUUUGGGUUUCCUGGCGAUGCUGAAGUUGAUACUGUAUCUCCUGAGGAAUCCCUUCCUUCUGAUGAUGUGGGUUGUAGAUCAGAUGAAAGCGGUGACCCUUUACACAGCAACCAAAAAUCACCUGUGCAGCCGUUUCACCUGAAAGGCAUGAGUUCAAGCUUUUCCCAGCGCAGCCAGAGCAUUUUUGACUGUCUGGAAGGGGCAGCCAAACGAGCAGUGCCCUCAAUGGCUGAAGAUAAUGUGAUUGAUGGAAGAUUUAAGCGGCCUCUGCCUCCACCCAACAUUUCAAGCAAGGUUGCUGCAGAAAGCAUUGGAAGACAAAGCAAGCCACCGCCAGCUCCUAAAAGUUCUCCAGCAGUUCCUGAUUAUGUUGCGCACCCAGAACGCUGGACCAAGUACAGCUUGGAUGAUGUUUCAGAGUCCAGUGAUAAGACCAACAGAUCAAUUGCCAUGGAGUUCCUGGAGGGCAUGAAGAAGACUAGAGGGGAACAGAGGUCAGCCUCUCCUGAAAGCUACACCCCAUCCUUCAAUCAGGAUCCCUCCAGUUCUGGUGCUGGAAGGAUUGUCUUUACCAAACCCACAAAAGCAGGCUCAGAUAGGAAAAGAGCUGCCGCCAAGGAGAAUGAAGAAGACAAGCUUAGUGAUGCAAACAAAGAACCCAAAGAGAGCCCUCCAAAGAAGCCUAAGACCCAGAACAAGGAGGAGGGUGUACUAGACCCUUUAGAUAUAAAGGAAGCAGAGGAUUGGAAACAACCAAAACUGGAGGAGUUAAGUGUUCAAAGAGUAUCUGGUGUAGAUUCUUCUCAGGAAGAUGAAGAGACAGUGCUGGGGACCAUGGGAUUCCAUGGUAGCAAGAAAAGGAAUAGGAAGCAUUUCCGACCCAAAGCCAGCAAUGAUGAAGAGGAGGAAGAGUCCUAA